CCAACUAUGCUCAGCUGCUAAUCACAGGAUUAUUCUGCUUAACUAAGACUAUUAAGUGUUCCACAUUCAAAUGGCGUCUCCCACAGGCAGACCUUGGAGAGGAUCAUCCUCUCACUAUAGGGCUCUCUGAGAGGACUGAAUGCUGCGUGAGGGACCGAGGGGAAGGGCUGGGAGAAGGCUCUUGUAUACCAACAGGAUGUCACGAUCUGAUGAUGCAGAGCUGAACUAUCGAGGCAAAAAGCAGCACAGCCGGUGAAGACAAUAUCUCUUCUGUCUGUCUCUGCUGAGCAACUCUGCUCUGCCUCCGGCUCCACAUUUGACAUCGACCCUGUUUAUCUGUCUGGAGCAACAAGCCAGCAGCGGUACUGUCUGUCAUGUCAUCUCUCACAUGAUGCUGCUGACACUGACAGAGGUAAUGCCAAUGAUGAAGAAGAUGAUGAUGGCUUCUGAAGCUGGCCAGUCACGUAUCUGACAGUCCUGCAGCCCACAUACAGAAAUUGUCCGGUCAUUAAAACAGGAGUCGAACCAAAAGCUCAGGACGAGCUCACCAUCUGGACACUUGUAACCAUGCCACUGUAGGCCUCCUGUUGGGGUGGCGAAGAGCUUAACAAAUAGACUGCUGUGGUUUGCCCUCCAGAGGAGAGCGUUAAACAGGUGAAGCUGAACACUGCUCUCAUUAGUUACACAUGCAGUCACCUGCCACUCACCAGAGACUGACGCCAGAAUACUGAAAGUUUCCGCAGCUAUUUCUGCCCACUCUCGGGAGACACUUGAGGAAUGGCUCAGACUCUGUGACUGGAUGCAAGCUCAGUGGAAUAUACUGUACUGCUGGGGACCGUGCAGAUAAGAGGAGUAAUCCAGCCACUUUUCAGCCUGGGGGACAGUCAGUAGUUUUGUUCUGUUUCUUUUUCAUGUGGGGGUUUGUUCCAUGUAUUUAAAGAAGUAUUUGUGUUGUUUUGUCCUUUUUCUUAAGAAAACUCUGAAGCCUGUGUAUAGCUAUGCGCUUAAUGAGUGACAUACUCCAUAAAUGAGACAUCUAAGUGCUGCUGUCUGUUACUGUGUUUGUGUACAUCUUCUUCACCAGUAAUUUCAAACUUUAACUUUGUACUUCGCAGUUCGAGCAUCUGUCAAAGGGAGCCAAUCAUGGCCAGCAUGGCGGUUCAGCUGCUUGGCUUCUUCCUAGGACUGUUGGGCUUUACAGGAACAGUAGUUGCCACCGUGCUCCCCCACUGGCGCAGCACGGCCUAUGUGGGCUCCAACAUCAUCACAGCCACCACCCAAAUGAAAGGCCUGUGGAUGGAGUGUGUCUGGCACAGCACUGGCAUUUACCAGUGUGAGCUGUACAGAUCUCUACUGGCCCUGCCACGUGACCUCCAGGCUGCCCGGGCGCUCAUGGUGCUCUCCUGUGUCACCUCAGUCCUGGCAUCUGUGGUCUCUGUGAUGGGGAUGAAAUGCACUCGCUUUGCCCGUGACUCGCUAAUGAAGUCCCCCCUGGUGCUGAGUGGAGGGAUUUGUUUUCUCUGCGCCGGGCUCCUCUGCCUCAUCACCGUGUCCUGGACCACCAACGACGUCAUCGUGGAGUUCUACCACCCUUUCCUUCCCAGUGGGUUGAAGUACGAGAUCGGCCUGGCUGUGUACCUCGGUUACGCCUCGGCCUGCCUCAGUCUGGCCGGAGGACUGGUGCUGUGCUGGAGCGGCAGUGCCGACAGGUCACGGAGCCCCCUGCUUAUGCAGAGGAGUCAACCGUCGUCACCUCCCCCUCCCUUCAACAACAUAUAUCCCCCUGCCCCACUCUACAAGCCCCCAGAAGCCCUGAAGGGAAAUCAUGCUCCCUCACUUUGCUCCCUUUCCAGCAAUGGCUAUCGGCUCAAUAACUAUGUCUAAGAGUGGGGGAGAUCCUAGCACAGUAACUGUGCUUGUACAAAUGACAAAGAUGCUGCAUGGACCAGAGCAGCAAGUUGAACAAUUUGCCAAAAUAUUUUAUAUUAUCUUAGCUUUGUAGGUAUUUCUAUCCCCUGCAUACUCAUAAUAUAAUCAUAAAAUGGUAAAGAACAGACCAAUACAUUGUAUUAACAUAUUUUACCAAAACACCAGAAUGACACGUUUGAAAGGAUAUUUGACACACUGUUCGGACUUUUCUCUAAUUGUAACUGAACCUGUGUGUGAGAGAAACCUGUAGCCCUGCUGCUAUGUACCUGAACGACCAGAGGGUGGCAGUAUUUUACAGAAAAUACUCAAAGAAGAGACUUAAUGGAUCAAGUGUUGUAACACUCAUAUUAAUGGAUAAGCAGUAGUUGUGCCACUUCCUUGUAGCCUAGUUUCUGGUUGGGUUUGACUUUUUUUGAGAGACUAUGAAAUACUUUAGUAACUUUUAAACUAACAGAUCAUUUUUAAUUUCAGUAUUCAGAGUCUGUAAAUCAUUUUCAUGCCAAAGAAAAUAAACAGUUAUACAAUAA